AUUGAAUAGAGUCUUUGAUUUCUGUCGUCAGAAAAUAGUUUGUAAACAAUGGCUUACAAACAUAAUUCAGCCAGUGGAAAAGUGACAAGUGCUGAUCCAUUAUCUGCAUAUAAUCCAGGGGGCUUGACACAAACCAAAGUCAAAGAGGCAUCCCCUAUUCAGUUUGCACAGAAACCAACACCUGCAGGAGCUAUGGAGAAAACUUUGAAGGAUAAGAAGAUUGCCCUCAACCAGUUAAGGUUUGGGGCUGCUGAUGGAUUACCAGUUCACCUUAAGCUUGGACGUGACAGGAUAAGCUUCGUCUUCGCUAUGGGUCUCACAACUGUAGGGACCAUCUGGAGUUGUUACUCGCUUUAUAAGCUUUCCUUCAAGGAGUAAUAGAUUCUAUUGCUUUGGCUUUAUAGCCUCGAUACUGUUCAUGAUGAUAGCAAGUAAAACUUGAAAUUGAAAUCUAGCAUGCUUGUCAUGAAAUUAAGCUACUGGGUUCUAUGGGAAAUAUAUGUUUGAUUCAGUCUUAUUUUCUGCUGUUUGUCAAAAUGCUGCUAUCAGAUAGGUAGGGUUAUAAAUGAUUUAUUGCAAGUUAUUGGAAGAAUGAACUGAUUCAGGCUUUGAGGAUGGACUUAUCCUAAAGCAGGAGGCGAUCCAGCAGUGUGAUGUGUUACAAACUGAUCCUCUUUCUUUUUUACAUAAUGGUUUAUCUUGAUUUAAUUUCCCAUUGAAACGUUGAUGCCUCAAUUUAUGUGUUUCAUCUAAUGAACGGGUAAAAAAGUUUGCAACUCACUGUCAUAGACAUUAAAUCCUAACUGUCUUUAAUACCAUUAUAUACUAAAGAAAACGUGUAUCAUUUACUCUUAUGGGGCCCAAUGACUUACGAAUCUCCCUCAUUGAUGCACUUCAUACAAGAUGUUGACCAAUGUACUUCCCACCUAUGGCAUUGCAUUGAUCUCCUCUUUGGUUGACUAUUAAAUGGAACAAAUAGUAGACUGCUGCAAGGGGGAAGUAAAUUCUUGUCAAUUGAACAAAACUUUACCUGGCAAAUAUUUGAUGCAGUCCUUUUAUCUGGGUCAGAAGUCUUUCUUCUUCUUGUUUUAAUAUUACAUACCGGUACCUUCACCAGCAUGAAAGUUAUCACAUUGUGUAUAAGAUUUAUUUGAAAAAAUAUAAUGUAAGACCUGAAAUAAUAAGUAUCACAUUAUGUAUAAAAUUUAUUUGAAAAAAAUGUAACGUAAGACCUGAAAUAAUAAUUUGGCUUUCCUGGUACAUUGUAAAACAUGGAAGAAUAUAACGGAUUGUUAUUUUGAUAUGUACAUUCAUAGCAACAUCAGUCUGUUUAGUUUAUUAUUAUUUUUAUUUUGAACAUUUAAAUUUUUUACUGAUACUUGAAAUAAAUUACAACAAUUUGCCAAAUGAUUGA